CAGAGGCUCAAACAAGAUAUACUGAAAGAUGUCUUCCACUGUACUUUGUGUUGUUGUUUUGGUGGCUUGCUCCUUAGCAUUCGGCUCUGCUCAGACCAGCUGUAAAGGUCGAUGUGGUAAUGAGUACUACAGGGGUAACAUGUGCCAGUGUGAUUAUACCUGCCUGUCGUAUGAAGAGUGCUGCAAUGACUUUGAAUCCCAAUGUACCACAAAAAAUUCAUGUAAGGGACGGUGUGGAGAAAGCUUUAAGAGAGGCCGGCUGUGCAGCUGCGACUCUGACUGCGAUAGAUUCAAACAGUGUUGUCCCGAUCACAAGAUGCAUUGUGAUGCAGAAGAGCCGACUCUGAAUGACGCAACAGAGCCUCCUACGUUCAGCGAGGGAAACAAUGCAGACAGCCAGAUUUUUCCCAAUGAUGAGUUUUCCAACGAUGGAGUUGAGGACCCGGAGGUAAAUCCAAUCCCAGAGAGCACCAGCGGCUAUGGAUUGACUACAGCUGACCUGCUGGAUCAAAUUUCUAUCGAACCCACCCAGAAUCCAGACCCUCUGGAGUUCAGUACAGUCUUCUCUCAAACGACGGUGUCUGAUAAUGAAAACACACAGGCCGAUGACAGCCCCUCCACCCUUUACGCUACUGAGAGCCCCGAUGCCACUGAUGCUAUCCAGCUCAUCCGACGCAGGAACAACUCUCCCUCAGCCCACAACAGCAGCAGCGGUCUCCAGCCAGCCUUCUCCAACCUCAUUGCCCCAAACGGAGUAUUCUCCCUCAACCAAACCCCAGAGGUCGAGCCCGCAGGGGAGGCAGAGGUGCAACCUGAGGAUGACAUGUUUCCCACGGAUCCGACUGUAGCUUCCUCUGAUGAGCCAGAAGUUACAACCCUACCCGACACAGCCUCCUACACACCUGUGGCUUCAGUAUCCACAGGACCCACACAGGACUCCUCCACAGUCCUCGUAAACUCUCAGGGCACCACCAUCUCUGCCUCAACGCUGGACGUGACACACAUCCCAGAAGCAACCGCCUCAAACCUUGGACCAGAGAAUACUGAGAACACAGACAAUGCCACAACGAGUCCUCCGUCUUCUCUGGCAGACCAUGAAGAUCCUUCCACCAGUGUUUCUCCAGCAGGGCCCGGAGACGUGCCAGAGCUUGAUGCCCUGACGACCCUCGUACCCUCAGUCACAGAUGCAGUGCAGGAUGACAGAACAGAUGUCACUACAGCAGGAGUAACCACUGACGAUUUGCUUAAUGUCACCCCAGACCCGACCAAACACGCACCAUUUGAAGCCACCUCAAAACCCCAAGAUAAGCCUGACCCAUACACGCCAUCGCCAACUAAACCCACUCUGGCUAAACCCAACUCCAAACCUGAUAAAAAGCCUCUGGACCCCGUGCAAACUCUCAACAUAAACGAUGAUAAAGACUACCAAGCAGAUGACAGCAACGAUACAAAUCUGUGUAGUGGGCGGCCGGUCAGUGCAGUCACUACGCUGAGCAACGGCACAAUGGUGGCUUUCAGAGGGCACCACUUCUGGAUUCUGGACAGGUACAUGGUGCCGGGUCCGGCUCAAAGCAUCACACAAGUGUGGGGGGUCCCUUCCCCCAUCGACACUGUGUUUACCCGCUGCAACUGCCAAGGCAAAACAUACAUUUUUAAGGGAUCACAGUACUGGAGAUAUGAAAACGCUAUGUUGGACCAAAACUAUCCAAAGGUCAUUCAAACAGGCUUUGACGGGCUUCGGGGCCACAUCACGGCUGCUCUGUCUGUGCCUCAGUACCAGAAGAGGAGAGAGUCAGUUUACUUCUUCAAGAGAGGGGGAUCGGUCCAGAAAUAUUCAUACCAGUUUGGCACCAGUACAACAUGUGGCAGGAAAGCCCACAACCCUGUUUACCCAGUCCACAAGAGAAUUGUUCGACAAGCAGUGUCUCUUCUAGGGCCAGCCAUCAACAUCCGGACAUCCUGGAGAGGUUUCCCCUCCAGCAUCACAGCUGCUGUGUCCAUCCCGACCAUCCCGACCAUCAUAGAGCCAGAGAGAUACAAAUACUACGUCUUCUCAAGAUCCACAUCCUACAAGGUGAGGAUGGACAUGGAACGGCCCGUCGUUCCUGCUCCUACAGCUAACGAGUCCCCUCAAAGCAACGACUUCUUCAAAUGCCAAAAGAAAGUCUGAUGAAGGAGCUUUUCUUCU